AUGGGGAAAGCACGGACUACUAAGCAAAAAGCAAAAACGACGCUCAAAGACACUUCCAGCAGCAAGCUAAGCCGGGGCCAAAGGAAGCGGCAAGAGAAACAUGAGAAGUUCGCUAGAAGAGAGCAGCUAGCCCUGAAGAUUGGCCAACAGAAAGCCCAAGACCGUCAGGUAAAGCUAUAUGGUUCGGCCUUAGCGGAAUUGGAGGGAUUGGACUCAGUACUCAAAAGCAUUCACACAGAAGUAAAAGCGCAAACCGCAGAACAAAGACUGAAAGACCUAAAACUCCAACUUGGCAAGCAAACGCUGAGCACGAAACAAUUAACAGAGACAGAGACAGCAGGCACUCAACUAUUCUUCCAGCGGUGGACGGAUGACUCUGUACGAAAAGAUGUCUUUGGCUGGGUGAAGCAAAAGCUGGCGACUCUGUCCGUUGACUACGGCAAGAAAAUCAAGGAAUACUCUGACAUCAGAUCCACUCUGUCCAAGAGAUAG